AUGGCGCGCUUCAACACCAUCUUGCUGGACUUUGACCGCGACGUGUGGGGCUACAUCUCCCUGGGCUACUUUCGGCAGCGCACGAUAGCGGGGGAGGUGGGAUCCUCUACCAUGCCCCACAAGGUCAACCCCAUCGACUUUGAGAACAGCGAGGGCAACCUGGGCAUCGCCAACGCCACCCUGGCGCAUCUCGCCGCUAAGCUGCCGGUCAGCCGCUGGCAGCGCGACCUGACUGACUCCACGGCGCUGCGCAACCUGGGGGUUGGCGUGGGCCACUCGCUGCUGGCCUACUCCUCUGCCCUGCGCGGCAUCGGCAAGCUGCAGCUGGACGCCGCCAAGCUGGCGGCCGACCUGGACGCCGCCUGGGAGGUGCUGGCGGAGCCCAUCCAGACCGUGAUGCGGCGCCACGGCGUGCCGGAGCCGUAUGAGAAGCUGAAGGCGUUCACGCGCGGGAACACCGUGGGCAAGCAGAGCAUGGCGGGGUUCGUGGGCGGCGUGGAGGGGCUGGGGGCGGAUGCGCGGGAGAGGCUGCUGGAGUUGUCCCCGGGGACGUACAUCGGCAACGCCCAGGCCCAGGCCCUGGACCUCCCCGCUCGGCUGCGGGCCCUCAGCCGCCGAGCCUGA